ACCCUAAUUCUACAUUUAUCUGUAUUGCAAUUCCUUCCUCCCCCGAAAUCAUAUAAGCUUCUUCGGUCGAUGCUUCGCUGCCAUCGCGGUAACCAUAUCCCAGUGGAGAUUUCUCCUUUUAAAUGUUUCUUGCGUUCUUCGCCUCUUCGUUACUCUCCGCAUUAAUCCCUUUCAUGUCUUCGGAAUUCCGCCUCUUCCUCGGUUCCGGGUUGCAAACCCUUGCUAUUGGCCUUUCCUCGUUGCCAUCACGAGUUACUUUCACAUCCAAUUGGCAGAAGAUCAAUCUCUUAAUUAUCGGCUCUUUCCAAUUCACGAAUCCGUGCCGCCACGAUGAGUGAUAAGAAGGUGUUAAUAUUUGGGUCGUUCUCCGAAGAUGAGACAAGGUUAUUCCAAGUAAAAGCAAAUGAUAAAAGUGUGUCCCCUUUUGAAAUGACUGGAUUCCAAUUUGGAUCUUUGGAUAUCAAUGCUCUUAGUUCUAUCGAAGGUUUUGGAUCUGAAUUAAAAAGAAAUGCAUCUACUAAAACAAAAGUUUUUUCAACUGUGAAUCUGAGCAAGAAGAAGAGCAAGGAUGAUGAAGCAGCUACUGGUCAAGUUGCAAAAGAAUCAAAAGGGUUAGAAGCUAAUGCAAUUGCUAAUGGUUGUGUACCUGGUGUUGAGGUUAUCACUGAUGAAGGAAUUCAUGAGGGCAUGAAUUCUCCCCAAAUCUUGAAAGAUGAUAAUUGCAGAAGAGAUCUGCCAUGCCCUACAGUCCAAGAUGAUGGGUUUGAAAUGAUAAAGAACCACAAUGGUUUAUUCAGCACUGUUGCAGUAGUUAAUGAUGCUGAGAAUGCGCAGGAGUCAAGCAAACAUACACAUCUUUUUAGUGGUCUGCUUCCUCGAGGACUGAUUAAUUUGGGAAAUUUAUGCUUCCUGAACUCAACAUUGCAGGCACUUUUGUCAUGUUCACCUUUUGUUCAGCUUUUGUUGGAUUUGAAAGCUAGGAAUAUUCCAAACAUUGGCUAUCCAACAUUGCGUGCAUUUGUUGAUUUGAUUUCAGAGUUUUGUUUGCCCAAUGGUUCGAAUUUGAAUAAUGAGCGAGAAGUUAUUGAGGGAGGGAGGCCUUUCAGUCCAAUCAUGUUUGAAACUGUUUUGAAAAAGUUCACUCCAGAUUUGCCGAGCCGCAUGUCUGCCAGGCCUAGGCAAGAGGAUGCUCAAGAGUUUCUAAGUUUUCUGAUGGAUCAAAUGCAUGAUGAGCUACUGAGGCUUGGCGGUCAUUUGUCAAGUUCAAAUGGUGGGAGUUUGCCUCUCAUUUCUUCUUCUGACGACGAUGGAUGGGAAACCAUAGGCCCAAAAAAUAAAUCUGCAAUAACUCGAACUCAGAGUUUUAUACCUUCCGAAUUAAGUGCAAUCUUUGGGGGUCAGUUAAGGAGUGUAGUCAAGGCAAGAGGAAACAAGGCCUCUGCUACAGUCCAGCCCUUUCUUCUUCUUCAUCUUGAUAUUUUACCUGAAGCUAUUCAUACAAUUGAAGAUGCACUUCGCUUUUUUUCUGUCCCAGAAACUCUAGAAGGAUAUAGAGCCUCAUCUGGGAAGGCUGGAUUGGUCAAUGCUAGCAAGUCUGUAAAAAUACAAACUCUAUCAAAGAUAAUGAUAUUGCAUUUGAUGCGUUUUAGCUAUGGGAUGAGGGGUAGCUCCAAGUUGAACAAACCAAUUCAUUUCCCUUUGGAACUGGUCAUGGGACGUGAAUUGCUUGUUACUCCAUCUACUGAGGGUAGGAAAUAUGAACUAGUGGCGACCAUUACUCACCAUGGCCGAGAACACUCCAAGGGUCAUUACACUGCAGACUGUAGACACUCCAAUGGCCACUGGCUCCGCUACGACGAUUCUUCUGUCACUGCUGUUGGCAUGAACAAGGUGCUCCAUGACCAGGCUUAUGUUCUCUUCUACAAGCAAGUUUGAUAUUUUGCUUUCUGCCAUGAAAAAUAUCACAGAAAUCCUUCGAUAAACCUUUUGUAUUUAUAGCUCUGGCAUAGUAUUUGGUGCUACUGGCUAAUAUGCCAGCAAUAGGCACCUAUACUUCCCAGCACUGGUAUGUUCAGUAGGUCACUAAGGCUUGGUUGUUUUUGGUUUGCUUGGAGGCUUGUCCAUCCAAGUUGCAAUUUUUGCUCUUGUAACAA